UGCGUGACGUGCGUGUCAAAUUUUAGUUCGCAAAUCCUCUCUGUGACGAUAUUAUUUCGACGAGUAAAACAACUCCCAACUUAAUUUCCAGCACGCAAUCAACGAGAUAACAUGAUAUCGUACAAGCUAUGUCGAUUACGGUGUACGUGUUGAUCGUAAAUGAGUGUUUCUUGCCGUAAACGGGUGGUCAAUAGUGCGUGUCGGAGUCGAAAUGUAUUGUUUGCAAUGGCUGAUCCCCGUGUUGUUGAUCCCGAAGCCCGUGAACCCGGCGCUGGUGAACACGCAGGUCAUGUUCAUGGUGCUGUACCUGAUCGGCUUCUUCCUGGAGCGCAAGCCGUGCACAGUCUGCAGCUUCGUGUUCCUAGCGGCCGUGUUCCUCAUCUGUUAUAGCGGCAUUGGCAACUGCCUGUUCUGGGGCAGUCAGUGCGAGACCGACAAGUACGACACCUAGGGCUCAACAUAACUGCGGGUUCGCAUCGCAUCGCAACGUCUUCUUCUAACUCGCAGGUGUUCCAUAGGAGAGAGCGGGACGCGCAUUACGAGCUCGCAUCGCGCCAGUUCGCAGUUUUGUGUAUGGGCCCCUAGUCCCCGCCGCGGCGCUUCCUGAAGUUACCUGACACAGCGUCUAGACUGCUCAAGUGUGAUCACACCAGAAACCCAAGAGUGAGGCGUUUUUAUAUUAGACUGUAAUGUUAUCAUUAUCAUCUAGCCAAAUAAUUUUUAUGUACAUUUUUGUAAAUACAACGGUUUGUUUUGCUAUUUUAAGUAGGCAUAGUAGAUUGGGAAAAAUGUCCUGAAUGAAAUGAAACAUUAGUGCCGAUCUGUACUUAUGUAUUUUAAUUGUUAUGUUUUACUGUUUAUAUGUGAUGAAUUGAUAUGAUUGUACAGUUAUUGUUAGUGAUUAAUUAUAAAUAUUACAUUUUGUGAAAUAUAAUUUGGGAAUAUAA